AUGGUGGACCUGCGACCUGCGGAAGACGCUCCUGACGCCGCCGCUGCGCCGCCGCUGCUGCCCAACCACAUCGAAGACGAAGACGAGGCCGAGUGUCGCGUCUGCCGCGGCGAGGCCGAGCCCCAGCGCCGCCUCUUUGCGCCCUGCAAGUGCAGCGGCAGCAUCCGCUUCACCCACUCGGACUGCCUUGAGCAGUGGCUCGAGCACUCGGGCAAGAGCUUCUGCGAGCUCUGCGGCCACGAGUUCACGUUCACGCCGCUCUAUGACGUGAACGCGCCCGACGUGUUGCCCUGGACGGAGCUGCUGGGCACAGGACUGCGCGUUGUGCUGCUCAAGUGGCUGCCGUUUGCGCUGCGCGCUGCGCUCGUGCUCGUGCUGUGGCUCGCUGUGGCGCCCUGGUGCACGAGCUGGCUCUACCGCAUGUGGCUGCUGCGCGCCUCGGCUAUGGUGAACGUCAGCUUUGCUGAACGCUUGGAUAGACCGCACGUUGUGGCGGACGUUUUCUCGGGCAUUAUCUUGAUUGUGUGCAUUGUCUUUUCGUUCCUGGCACUCAUGUCGUUCGCCGACUUUCUGCGGUUCCACUUGGACCACAUUGAAGAGGAGAUGGCAGCGGACGACGUGCUGCAGCAGCAACGGCAGCAGCGGCAGCAGUUGCGGCAGGAGGGACGACCGGGGGUCCGUCGUCUGCCGUUGGGAAGAGGUGUUGUAGUGGACGAGGUUGUGGAGAACGAGCAAGAAGCUGAGCCGAGACGUGGGCGCCCUGUACUUGAGGGUGUAAGACCGUUGGGUCAUGUGGACGGGCAAGGUGGUUCUGGUGAUGAAUCGUCGGACGAAGAAGUGUGGGCGGGGCAGCAUGGAGAGAUACGUGCUGCUGGUGCUUUUCAUCGAGAUCUUGGACAAAUGCCUUUAGUUGAUGAUGUUGAUCCAGUGCCGGAGCCGCAGCAUGAGCUGCGGCAACGUCGACCACUGCGUGACGUACCAGAUAUGGAGCGGGAGCGAGGACAUGAGGGUGUUCCUGGAGUCGCACAGAACCGUGGGAAUCCGUUGCCAGCAAACAUGAACGAGCGGGAAUGGGAAGACGACUUUGAGCAUAUGGAAAUUAACAUCGCGAUGGACGAGCUUCUUGGACUACGUGGUGACUUUGUGGUGCUUUUCCGCAAUGUAUCGUGGCUGCUCGCGUUUAACGGUGCCUACCUCGGCUUGUUUGCAUUUAUUCCGUACACAUUGGGUAGCACUUUGCUGUCCGCUGGUGCCAGAAUCCUUACAUCGUUACCGGUUGCCCCUGCAGCAGUUAUUACUUUUACCACGCUUGAAUCUGCAGCUGACGCGGAUUUGUCAGUCGGUUCGUUUCUCGUCAAGACACUGCUGCAAUCAAUUGAGACGGCCAAGCUGGAUGGCGACUGCUUGCAGCUUGUGGAUUUGUGCACGUGUGUGAUGGGUUAUCUGUCUAUUUGCUUGACGAUCGUGCUAUGGAGAUUUAUGGUCCGGACCGCUUCGUCUUACAUCCAUCGUCCUCUCAUGGAUGGUCUGCUAUGGGCUCUGCGCUGUCUGACGGCAAUCGUAAAGGUGUCUACGUUAUUGUUGCUCAAAAUGGUGAUUCUGCCCAUCAUCCUGGGAGUCUGCAUCGACUUCGCGACACUUCACUUGUUCGUGGCAUCUGUGCAAGACCGCGUCGCGUUUUGCAUGCAGAAUAUGAUCUGCUCCCUGAUGGUGCACUGGGUGCUGGGUAUUACUUUCAUGCUUUGUGUGACGGUUUCCGUCCUGCAACUGCGGGAAGUGGCGCACCCAAACAUUUUAGCCAAAGUUAUUCGGCCACAGGAAGACCACCCGGACCUUUUGCGUACGCUUUUGAGUGAGAGGUGCGUCAAGCAUGCCCGCCGUAUGAUUCUGUCACUCGUGAUCUAUGCUGUGCUACUACUGGUUCUUGUGCAUGCUCCUGUUCGUAUUGCGAGUGGUCUCAUGCCCUCAUGCCUCCCGCUGACGCUCCGCUUUCAGCACUUCAGCCCGGACAUUCAAGUGCCACUGGAGCUAUUUGCCGCUCACGUGGUUGUGCUCAGUGUGUUGGAGCACGCAAAGAAUGCCGUUGGAAGGUUUCAACAUCUUGGAAUUGUGUUUGUGAGCAAGUGGUUGGGUCUGGUAGACUUCCUGCUACCACAAACUGAGUUGGAGUCUGUUGUAAAUGGCCAGCGCGAGUCAAAAGUAGUGGUGCUGCCACCACCACCUCUCCAUUUCCAUCCCCGUGCGCAGCUACCUCCUGAACAAUUGCGUGUCGAUGGUCACCGAUACUUGCCGUGGCCCGAGGAUGGGUUGGAUGAUCCGCAACUCGUCGAGUACUCACUGCUUCCGAGAAAAAGACCAUCUUAUCUUUGGGUUCGGCUUGCCGGGCUGGCAGUUUUCAUGUGGGCAGUAUGCGUCGUAGUGAUUGGAACGUUUUUGUUUGGAUCACUCUACGUCGGGCGUAUCUGCAUGGGUCCGUUUGAGCGCGUGACUGGGAUCAGCCAUGACCCGCUCGUAAUGGCGGCUGGCAUGCAAAUUGUAUGGUAUCUUGUGAAAAGCAUUCAUGCUCUCAACAUUUUGAUGCUCCCGGAAGACCGUGUGGAUCAGGCUUUGAUUCAACGCGGAUACGCUGUUCGUAACAUAGCGCCUGCAAACGUCGUAGUUUGUGUCGUGGGCUGGUCAAUCGUGUGUCCUUUUCUCGUGGGCCAGCUGAUGUCUUUGUGCGUCGUGAGCGCCAAUGCUACGGCUGUAGAAAUGCUGUUGGUGGGCUAUUUGGUGCUCAAUCUAUUUGCUUGGCUGGUCUGCUGCUUUCGAACGAAGCACAUGAAUGGACACCGAUUACAACGACAAGCAGCCCUAGACGAGCUAGCACCAGGCGAGGAUGGAUUCCUGGACGUGGACGAAGAGAAUGAGUUGUUUGGGAACGAUGUAAAUGACGAUGAGUUGGAAGAAGAGGAGAGGCCACUGCAUGAGGAGGGUGCUGCUGCUGCUACUGAGUCGGUUGGCUUCAUUGCCGCGUUGCGCAAGUCUUAUCGUCAACUCCAGUUUAGUGUGACAAUCCACGAAAGUGAAGCCAUGCGGCUUCGUCAAGACAACAUUCGAGAGAAGUGUUUCGAUGUGGCAUAUUUUCAGGAAAACGUAUUGCUGCCCAUGGUGGCGUUCCUAGUUGGAAUGCUAGUACUGCCGUGGCUGUUAUCCUCCGUGGUCUUGCUGGUUGUAUCCUCCGAGAACGCCGGCUUCGAGAAGACUGCAUUUGCCACUUGUGCGUUCUGUGUCGGCGGUGUGUUUGUGUUGGCCCGCUCGCAUUCGUUCGUCACCCAAUGGCUAUCCGACCUGAGCGAGUCGAUUCGUAAUGAGCGCUAUUUGAUCGGCCGCCAGCUGCAGGAUAUGGCCCGUUAG